GCCGUCUGCUUCUGCUUCUGCGGCGGCUGCGACCCCGGUGCCCGCGCGAGCGAGUUGGAGAUGGCGAUGGCGAUGGCGAUGGCGACGGCGACGGCGAAUGGGCUCGAGCAGAUCAGGGACGAGGCCAUUAAUUUGGAGAACAUCCCGUUGGCCGAUGUGUUCGAGCUUCUCAAAUGCACCGAGAAAGGUCUCACCACCGACGAGGGCAACCAGCGCGCCGCCGUCUUCGGCCCCAACAAACUCGAGGAGAAAAAAGAGAGUAGGAUACUGAAGUUUCUGGGGUUCAUGUGGAACCCGCUGUCGUGGGUGAUGGAAGUGGCGGCGAUCAUGGCGAUCGCGCUGGCGAACGGCGGCAACCGGCCGCCGGACUGGCAGGACUUCGUCGGGAUCGUGGUGCUGCUGCUGCUCAACUCGAGCAUAUCGUACUUCGAGGAGAGCAACGCCGGCAGCGCCGCCGAGGCGCUCAUGGCGAACCUGGCUCCCAAGACGAAGGUUCUGCGCGACGGGAGGUGGGUGGAGGAGGAGGCCGCCAUCCUCGUCCCCGGCGACAUAAUCAGCAUUAAGCUCGGCGACAUCGUGCCGGCCGACGCGCGCCUCCUCCAGGGCGACUCGCUUAAGGUGGACCAGUCGGCGCUCACCGGCGAGUCGCUGCCGGUGGCCAAGUGCCCCGGCGAGAGCGUCUACUCGGGGUCGACGUGCAAGCAGGGCGAGAUCAACGCCGUCGUCAUCGCCACCGGCGUGCACACCUUCUUUGGGAAGGCGGCGCACCUCGUCGACAGCACCAACCAGGUCGGCCACUUCCAGAAGGUGCUCCGCGCCAUCGGCAACUUCUGCAUCGCCGCCAUUGCCAUCGGGAUGGUCAUCGAGGUGAUCGUCAUGUACCCCAUCCAGCACCGCCUCUACCGCGAUGGCAUAGACAACCUGCUCGUCCUCCUCAUCGGCGGCAUCCCCAUCGCGAUGCCCACCGUGCUGUCGGUCACCAUGGCGAUCGGGUCGCACCGCCUGUCCAAGCAGGGUGCCAUAACCAAGCGCAUGACGGCGAUCGAGGAGAUGGCUGCCAUGACCGUGCUCUGCAGCGACAAGACCGGCACCCUCACCCUGAACAAGCUCAGCGUCGACAAGGACUUCAUCGAGGUGUUCGCCGAUGGCGUGGGCAAGGAAGACGUGAUCCUCCUCGCCGCCAGGGCGUCGCGCGUCGAGAACCAGGACGCUAUCGAUACCGCCAUGGUCGGCAUGCUCGGCGACCCCAAGGACGCCCGCCGCGGCAUCGAGGAGGUCCACUUCCUCCCCUUCAACCCCGUCGACAAGCGCACCGCCCUCACGUACAUCAAAGUCGACGACGGCACAUGGCACCGCGUCAGCAAGGGAGCCCCCGAGCAGAUUCUGUCGCUGUGCAACUGCAGCGACGACAUCAAGAAGAGGGCGCACGUGGUGAUCGUCAAGUACGCCGACCGCGGCCUCCGGUCGCUCGCUGUCGCGAGGCAAGAGGUGCCAGAGAAGAACAAGGAGAGCCCCGGCGGGAAGUGGGAGUUCGUCGGGCUGCUGCCGCUGUUUGACCCGCCGCGGCACGACAGCGCCGAGACCAUCAAGCGUGCGCUCCACCUCGGCGUCAACGUCAAGAUGAUCACUGGUGACCAGCUCGCCAUCGCCAAGGAGACCGGGAGGAGGCUCGGCAUGGGAAGCAACAUGUACCCCUCGUCGGCGCUUCUCAGCCAUGACAUGGAUGACUCCAUCGCCUCCGUCCCCAUCAACGAGCUCAUCGAGAAGGCCGACGGCUUCGCCGGCGUCUUCCCAGAGCACAAGUACGAGAUCGUGAAGAAGCUUCAGGAGAUGAAGCACAUCUGCGGGAUGACCGGCGACGGCGUCAACGACGCGCCGGCGCUGAAGAGGGCGGACAUCGGGAUCGCCGUCGCCGACGCCACCGACGCCGCCAGGAGCGCCUCCGACAUCGUGCUCACCGAGCCGGGUCUCAGCGUCAUCAUCAGCGCCGUGCUCACAAGCCGUGCCAUCUUCCAACGAAUGAAGAACUACACGAUUUACGCGGUUUCGAUCACCAUCCGUAUCGUGCUUGGGUUCAUGCUCAUCGCGCUGAUCUGGAAGUUCGACUUCUCACCGUUCAUGAUCCUGAUCAUCGCCAUUCUUAACGACGGAACAAUCAUGACAAUCGCCAAGGACAGAGUGAAGCCGUCGCCGCAGCCGGACAGCUGGAAGCUGCCGGAGAUCUUCAUCACCGGCAUCGUCUACGGCACCUACCUUGCCGUCAUGACGGUCGUCUUCUUCUGGGCCAUGAGGAGCACCGACUUCUUCACCAACACGUUCCAUGUGAAGCCGUUGCUGGAGAAGGAUGAGAUGAUGUCGGCGCUGUACCUGCAGGUGAGCAUCAUCAGUCAGGCGCUCAUCUUCGUGACGAGGUCGCGCAGCUGGUGCUUCGUGGAGCGCCCGGGGAUGCUUCUGUGCGUCGCCUUCGCCAUCGCGCAGAUCGUGGCGACGUGCUUGACGGUGUACCUCGACCUGGGAUUCGCGCACAUGAGGGGCAUCGGGUGGCGGUGGGCCGGCGUGAUCUGGCUCUACAGCGUCGUCACCUUCAUCCCCCUCGACUGGUUCAAGUUCGCCGUCCGCUACGCCCUCAGCGGCCGCGCCUGGGACACCCUCAUCGAGCGCAAGGUGGCGUUCACGAGCAAGAAGGACUACGGGAGAGGGGAGAGGGAGGCGCAGUGGGCGACGGCGCAGAGGACGCUGCACGGGCUGAAGACGCCGGAGGUGGAAGACCUGGUGAACGAGCGGAGGAGCUACAGGGAGCUGUCGGAGCUCGCCGAGCAGGCCAAGCGGCGCGCCGACGUGGCCAGGCUGCGCGAGCACGGCACGCUCAAGGGCCAGGUGGAGUCCACCGUCCGGCUCAAGGGCCUCGACAUGCACAACGUCCAGCACCACGUCUGACUCGUCGGAGAAGAAGCAGCUCCUUGGGGGUGCUCUGUAAUUUUUUUUUCUUCUUUUUUUAGGUUAGGGGUUUGUUUUGAGGUCUGGACAGGAUUGAUAUAUAUACUGUUUGAGUUUGCCUUUAAUUUGGGGUUUUGCUUGAAUUAUCACUUGGCAUUACAUCGAUGUACUUCAUUAAUUUUAUCUCUAAUUGUUUGCAAAUAACAGUUCAGUCGUCACAGUGGUUUUGUUUGGUUUGUUACAUGCCAAAAUAUAG